AUGAAGCACAUUGAUUUGACACUCGCGUCCCGGCAAUUAUGGGUAGUUGUCUUCAUGUGUUCAAGUUAUGUAGUUGCAGUUCAUUAUCAAGUUGCCUUCAUCGGCACAUUUUGGCCUGUACCUCCGUUCAAAAUGCAACGUAUUGGUGGGGCCGUUGACGUAGUAGUUGACAGAAUUAACGCAGACACCGACCUCUUCUCAAACUUUACACUAAACUAUACAUUUUCUGACACCUUUUGCUCAGCCAAAAAAUGUUUGGAUACAUUAGUAACCCAGGCAAGAGACGUCGGUGUUGCGGCUGUCAUUGGACCACCGUGUACAUCUGAAAGUGAAGUAUGCGGACUUUUGGCUGCUGAGUGGAAUUUUCCAAUGAUCAGUUAUGUAGCACGUGGUGAAUCUCUUUCUGAUAAACAAAAAUUUGGCACUUAUAGCCGAGUAGUUGCUCCGGCAGGCAAAGAUGUGGCGGCGACAAUAGAUUGGAUUUCGUCGAUGGGAUGGGAUCACGUCGGUAUCAUAUACAUUGAAGCCAUCUGGGGAGACAUUGUGAUGACCAGCUUGUUGCCAGGAUUGGAAAGCAGAAACAUGACAUAUUACGUAACUAAAUAUAGUGAAUUGACGGUAACUGAAAAGAUACGAGAAGACGCUAUACUGGAGGUUACUGCAGAAGCUAGGAUCAUCAUAUUGGCAGCAGUUGAACGUCGUGUACGCUGGAUAUUGUUGAAAGCCUAUGACCUGGGUUUACUGGAUAGCGGAAAAUAUUUGUUUAUCAACAUCGACGGAACUCGCGAUAACUUCAAGGGAGAGGGUUGGCACCGGGCUCCCGGUAGCUUUGGACUAGAAUGGGAUUUACGAGAUGCAGACGCUGCAAUAGCAUACCGAUCGCUGGUUGUUUUAGAUUUAGUGGAAUAUAAGAGUAAUGAAUAUAAUACAUUUGUAGAAGAGGUCUGGCUGGCUAACAUGAACCCUCCAUGGAAUUCAAAUCUCUCAUCCAGUGCACUGGUUACUGUAGAUGCCGGAUAUUUGUAUGACUGCUUCUGGUUGUAUGCACUAACCGUCGCAUCUAUGUUGAAAUAUGGGGAGGACCCAUACGAUGGUGCAGCCUUUGGUGCAAGAAUGCGAGCAGUAAACUUCAAUGGUAUGACUGGCAGAGUAAGCAUAGAUGCAAAUGGGGAUAGGAACCAAGAUUAUGUCAUGAUGGGUUUUAAGUCGGCUACGGAAACAUUUGAUAUUAUCCAAGAAUAUGAUGGUGUAUUGUCAACUUGGUCAUACAUAGACGCAACAAGGUUUACAUGGCCUAGUGGAUCUUCAGAACCACCGAUUGAUAUGCCAGAAUGUGGAUUCCAUGGUGAAUUAUGUAUUGAGCCAGAGAAAGAUUAUACAACUAUCAUCAUAGUCAGCGUCGUCUUGCUUAUCCUACUAAUAGCAGCUCUUUUCCUGGGUUUGAUUUUCUACAACAAAUACAAGUUUGAGCAAGAAUUACUAAGUGCCCAAUGGAAAGUUGAUUAUAAUGACAUUAUUUUCUCAAAAGGCGGAAAGUCACGUGCUGGAAGCGUGAUGGCAUCAAUGAUGUUUUCCCGAAUGUCAAUGGCAACUAGUGGACGAGCAAGCAAUGAAGGACAAGCCCAAGUGUUUACUACUGUUGGAAAUUACAAUUCUGAAGUAGUGGCAAUUCGUAAGGUCCAUAAAGACGCCAUACAACUUGACAGAACUCAACUUGUAGAACUGAAAGUCAUGAGAGAACUUCGGCACGACAAUAUUAAUCCAUUUAUUGGCGCAUGCGUAGAUACUCCUAAUAUCUGUAUUCUGAUGCAGUACUGUCCCAAAGGAAGUUUACAGGAUGUUAUUGAGAACGACGCUAUCAGUUUAGACUGGAUGUUUAAGAUGUCAUUUGCGUCCGAUAUAACAGCUGGUCUUACAUAUUUACAUAAGAGUCCAUUGAAGAUGCAUGGUAGAUUGAAGUCGUCUAAUUGUUUACUGGAUAGUAGGUGGGUGGUUCGACUGACUGAUUCUGGACUAUGGACUUUCCAAGCAAACCAAAAAAAAGACAAAUCAGCCGAUGUUGGGGAAUACGCUGUAUACAGAAGUAAGCUUUGGACUGCACCAGAGUUACUACGAAAUCCUCCACCUGACGGAAAAGGUACACAUAAAGGAGAUAUUUACAGUUUUGGUGUUGUAUUACAAGAGAUUGUCACAAGACGAGAAGCAUUCUGGAAUUUUAGUGAUAUUAUGACUCCAAAAGAAAUCGUUGACAAGAUAAUUGAAGGAGGUGAAACUCCCCUCCGCCCCGAUGUUUCAGAUGACACGUGUCCAGCAAUUUUCCAAUCAGUAAUUGAAAAAUGUUGGGAUGAAAUACCCGAGCACAGACCUGAGCUUGGCGAAAUCAAAAGAGCUAUAAGUGCGGCAAACCCUAACAAGACCAAUAAUAUUUUGGACAAUAUGGUAGCCAUGCUAGAAAAGUAUGCCAAUAAUCUUGAAGACAUUGUGGCUGAGAGAACAGCGCAGUUGGAGGUUGAGAAAAAGAAAACAGAAGUACUUCUCUACAGAAUGCUGCCAGAGUCAGUAGCAAUAAAGCUGAAAAAUGGUGAGGCUAUAACAGCGGAGAGUUUCGACGCAGUUACAAUAUUUUUUUCCGACAUCGUUGGUUUCACAGCAUUGUCAGCACAGAGUACCCCGUUCCAGGUUGUUGAUUUAUUGAAUGAUUUGUAUACAGCGUUUGACGCUAUAAUAGAGACCGUUGAUGUUUACAAGGUGGAAACCAUUGGCGAUGCUUAUAUGGUAGUAAGUGGUUUACCAACUCGCAAUGGAGAUAGGCACGCUGGAGAGAUCUGUACAAUGGCUUUAAAACUACUAUCUGCUGUUGAGACGUUUAAAAUUAGACAUCGUCCAGAUGACAAAUUGAAACUGCGAAUCGGACUUCAUACAGGACCAUGUGUAGCUGGCGUGGUUGGUCUUACUAUGCCAAGGUAUUGCUUAUUCGGAGACACGGUGAACACCGCCUCGCGUUUCGAAUCAAACGGACUGCCGCUACGUAUUCACGUGAGUCCUACCACAGUAAAGUUGUUAAACACACUUGGAGGUUAUAAUGUCAAAGAACGCGGGGAGGUAUUCAUGAAGGGUAAAGGAAAUCUAAUCACAUAUUGGCUUCUUGGAAAAGACGGAUACACUGGAACACUGCCACCUUUUGACGAAGAAGAUCCAGCUCCUUAAAACAGG